ACAUAAGAGACAUAAGAGACAUAAGAGACAUAAGAAACAUAAGACAUCUCCAGAAGCAGCAAGGCAUUGAUCCUCUCGUACAGCUGUACAUACAAACUUACGCGCCCAGGUGGUUAAAUACGCUACCUAUCGGCCCGCGAGGCUAUUUGAUCCUUCUUCCCCACACAGCGACGUGUUGGCGACGACGACAACGACGAUAACGACGAAACUGAGCCGCGAAAUCUGGGAUGAUAGCUCUGAUUGUGCCCGAGGAGAGUUUGAUAUACUUGAGCGCAGCCACGGGAUUGUUGCUCUGAGACGCCGGUUUGGCUAGACUGCCACGCGAGUGAGCCGCUUCCAGAGAGCUUGAUACCCUGUUGGCCACGCCGCCGUAUACUCGACUCUCCACUCCAACCCAGCUCAGAUAAGACGUAGUAGAUACGCCUAGAAACCCUCAAAUCUCCACUCAGCCCAAUAAGCCGCUUUCUACAUGACCAAGGAUACACAGCAGACAGCCUGCUCAUAAGAGACUACCAGCCUUCCACCAAGGAAUACAACCAAGCUCCUUCUCCAGUUUAAAUACAUAAACUCACUCUAACCAUGAUAACCCCAUCCACAAGGCUUUGUGGGGCCUUGGCCAACCACACAGUAUGGCUCUCCCAAUCCACAGUAACAAGCCUCAACCGCUCCAAACGCCGCCUCUAUAACUCUACAACACGCCUCUAUGAAGAGAAGAAGCCCUCCGAGCCCGAGCCCGAGCCCGAGCCCGAACACCCAGUCAAAUCAAUCCCCUACUCCGAGCUCACCAUCGGCGUGCCCACCGAGGUCUUCCCCGGCGAGCGCCGCGUCGCCAUGACCCCCGCCAACGCCGCCCUCCUCCUCAAGAAAGGAUUCAAGCGCGUCAUGGUCGAGCACGGCGCCGGCUUCGAGGCCCAGUUCCCCAUCCACGACUACGAGGCCGCCGGCGCCACCAUCGCCAAUUCCCGCAACGUCUGGACCGAGAGUGAUAUCGUACUUAAAGUGCGACCUCCGCGACUUACGGCCGGGAACCCUACAUGGGCGAACGAGGAACCGCAGUUUACGAGCCAUGUGAACAAUUUCGUGGACGGGUUCAAGCCUGGAUCGACUAUCAUCUCGAUGCUGCAGCCGGGUCUGGACCGCAAUAGGCCAGUCGUGGAUAUGAUGGCCAAGAAGGGGUUGACGUCGUUUGCUAUGGAUAUGAUUCCGCGAAUCUCGAGGGCGCAGACCUUCGAUGCGCUGAGCUCGAUGGCGAAUAUUGCCGGGUAUAAGGCUGUGUUGGAGGCUUCGAAUCACUUUGGCCGAUUUAUGACUGGGCAGACGACUGCGGCGGGGAAGAUCCCGCCUUGUAAAGUGCUGGUUAUUGGAGCUGGUGUUGCUGGACUUAGUGCUAUUGUUACGGCUCGCCGCAUGGGCGCUAUCGUCCGUGGCUUCGAUACACGAAGUGCUGCACGCGAGCAGGUCCAAUCGCUCGGAGCAGAGUUUAUCGAGGUCGAUAUGGAAGAAGACGGCUCUGGGGGUGGCGGCUAUGCCAAGGUCAUGUCGAAGGAGUUUAUCGCGGCAGAGAUGAAGCUCUUCCUCGAGCAGUGCAAGGAGGUUGACAUCGUCAUCACCACUGCGCUGAUUCCUGGCAAACUGGCUCCUACCCUGAUUACUGAAGAGAUGGUGUCCGCGAUGAAGCCUGGCUCCGUCGUUGUUGAUUUGGCUGCUGAGGCCGGUGGUAAUUGCGAGAUCACUGUACCAGGCGAACUGGUUACUCACAAAGGCGUGACUGUGAUUGGUUAUACGGACUUCCCAUCUCGUCUCCCGACACAGUCAUCCACACUGUACUCCAACAACAUCACCAAAUUCCUCCUGUCCAUGUCACCCAAAGAGAAGCACUUCGGUAUCGACCUGAACGACGAAGUAGUCCGCCGCUCCAUCGUCACCUACAACGGCGAAUUCCUCCCCGCCCUGCCUCCCCUCGCACCACCUCCCGCACCCGCGCCAAAGGCAGCCGAGGUCAAGGAAGAAGUUCUAGCCCUGACCCCAUGGCAUAAGGCUUCUCGCGAAGUCAUGACCGUCACCGGCGCCAUGGGCGCCGUCCUCGCCCUCGGAAAAGCAACCGGCCCCCUCUUCAUGGGUAACCUCUUCACCUUCUCUCUCGCUGGUCUGAUCGGCUACCGCGUCGUCUGGGGCGUCGCGCCCGCCCUGCACUCCCCGCUCAUGAGCGUCACCAACGCCAUCUCAGGAAUGGUUGGUGUCGGUGGCUUCUUCAUCAUGGGCGGCAACUAUUUACCCGAAACGAUCCCGCAGUUCCUCGGCGCGGCUUCUGUGCUCCUUGCGUUUGUUAAUGUUACCGGUGGCUUCGUCAUCACGAAGCGCAUGCUCGAUAUGUUCCGUCGAAAGACUGACCCCCCGGAGUACCCAUGGCUUUACGCCAUCCCGGGUAUACUCUUUGGUGGUGGUUAUAUCGCUGCUGCUUCGACUGGCAUGGCUGGACUCGUUCAGGCUGGGUACCUGGCUAGCUCUAUGCUUUGUAUCGGAUCUCUCUCUGGACUCGCAUCGCAGGCAACUGCUCGCACGGGUAACCUCCUUGGUAUCCUCGGUGUGGGAUCUGGAAUUCUCGCCUCUCUCGCAGCCUGCGGUUUCACCACCCCACAGCUAAUCCAAGUUCUCGCCAUCGCUGGCCUAGGUUCUGGAAUUGGAGGAGUAGUCGGACGACGCAUCACCGCGACGGAGCUCCCCCAGACAGUAGCUGCACUGCACUCCGUCGUAGGUCUCGCUGCCGUCCUCACUUCCAUCGGCUCCGUUCUGGCCGCCGUGAGUGGUGACCACAUUUCGAUGCUUCAUAUGGUGACUGGGUAUCUUGGUGUCCUGAUCGGUGGUGUCACCUUCACCGGGUCUAUUGUGGCUUUCCUCAAGCUCGCCGGUCGUAUGUCUUCCAAGCCCACAAUCCUGCCUGGCAGGCACCUCAUCAAUGGCGGCAUGCUGGCCCUGAACGCCGCAACAAUGGGUGCCUUCGUCACAAUGGCGCCAGGCGCCCCGGCGGUUGCUGCUAUGUGCCUCAGUGGCAGCGCCAUCCUGUCCUUCGCCAAAGGAUACACAACCACUGCCGCCAUCGGCGGCGCGGACAUGCCCGUCGUCAUUACCGUCCUCAACGCCUACUCCGGCUUCGCCCUCGUAGCCGAGGGUUUCAUGCUGGGCAACCCCCUCCUCACCAGCGUCGGCUCCCUCAUCGGCGUCUCCGGUAGCAUCCUCUCGUACAUCAUGUGCAAAGCCAUGAACCGCUCUCUCACCAACGUCCUCUUCGGCGGCAUCUCCUCCGCGCCCGCACGCACAGACUACAAACUCGAGGGUGAGCUAACCACCACCACAGUCGACGAAGUCGCCACGAAGCUCCUCGAGGCCGAGAGCGUCAUCAUCGUUGUCGGCUACGGCAUGGCGGUAGCCAAAGCGCAAUACGCCAUCGCAGAAUUCACCGCCCUCCUCCGCGCCCGCGGCGCCACCGUCCGCUUCGCCAUCCACCCCGUCGCCGGGCGCAUGCCAGGCCAAUGCAACGUCCUCCUCGCCGAGGCGAGCGUGCCCUACGACGUCGUACUGGAGAUGGACGAGAUCAACGACGAUUUCAACGACACGGAUCUGACGAUUGUGAUUGGGGCGAACGACACGGUGAAUCCGAUCGCGCUGGAGAAGGAUAGUCCGAUUGCGGGGAUGCCGGUGCUGCAUGCGUGGAAGAGUCGGAAUACGAUUGUGAUGAAGAGGGGGAUGGGGAGCGGUUAUGCGGAUGUGCCCAAUCCGAUGUUUUAUAAGCCGAAUAAUCGCAUGUUGUUUGGGGAUGCGAAGACGAGCUGUGAUGCUAUUGUUGCGGCUGUCAAGGCGGGAGUGGAGUUGAAGUAGAUGGGGACGGAAAUGUACAUAUUGGAGCUAGAG